AUGCUAUUUGGCUCAAACUUACUAGACGAAUGUUCUGAACAGCCUUUAAAUCGACUUAUUUGCCUUUCAAUUUCUGCUCAAGAGCUUUAUAAACGUGCUAUUGACCCAAAAAUUACAAAUUCAAAUUUUUCUUAUUUUAUUAUUGACACUCGACCACAAAAAAGUUUUAAUGCUGGAUCUAUUUCUGGUGCUUUUAAUUUAAAUGCUGAAACGAUUGUUGAAGACCCAGACAAGUUCGGCUUUGCAAUGUCGUCACUUUUAAAAUUUAAAACUGAAACUUGCCCUAAAGACCACAUUUGUUUUGUCGGUUCUGGACAUGAAGAAGAAGACCAAUUUAUGUUUAUGGCUAUUUCUCGUUUUCUCCAUCAAAAUUUAGAGCACAUUUCCUAUGCCGAGGGAGGAUAUAAAGCUUUACAUUUAAUUCUUUCUGAAACUGGUAAUUUACAAAAAUUGAGUAAUCACUUUACAAAAAAUGACUGUAUUGAAUGCAAAAAUGGACCUAUGACUGCACAACCUAAAAGUGAAUGGAAAAAGGUUUUUUAG